UUUUUCCCAGCAGAAGCAUUAAACAACUUCUACUCAAAUGUUAUUUAAGGUUUAUUCAACUAAGUAAACUAAUGUUUAAUAUUAAUACAUGUAAAAUACAUGUGUUGUACUUGAAAUUGUAAUGUAUGUAAGAUAAGUGUGUGUGUUUUCUGCGUAAUGAGGUUGUGGUCGUCACCAUUUGCCAAGUGUGGUUGUGUGUGUCCCUGUCCCAUCCAUGUCCCCUAGGGAUCUAGGAGGCCAAAUCCAGCUAUAUUUUACUGGACUUUGACCUCUCAACUCCUAUCGCAGCUUAUGGGGGUGAAGAAGAAUGACGAUUGUUUAUAAUUUAUCCAGAGUUGAACCACAUUGGUAUCUCGGGAGUGGGGGAUAUUGGCUUGUCUUGCACUAGAGUGGUGGGUUAGUGUCUGAACUUGUACUAAAACUCUACAAUAACUAGAAAUGAAAUAUUAAUGCAAAUAUUCUCAACAACUCGACAGCAAGCUUGCCAGCCGCUUUCCUGCAAUUUCGCUACAGUGAGGUCAUUGAGUCUACUAUGAAAAACACGGAUUUUUCACUCAUCAAGCGCCCAGACGUCAGUUCAAACAAUGGCGCCAAACUUGUGUUGUUAUAUGGAUGGCUGAACGCCAGUCAGCGCGCUGUGCAGCGCUUCGUCGAUUUGUAUCACGAGUCAGGCUACGACGUGCUUUAUAUUCCUGGGCGCGUGAUCCAGUUUGCAUGGCCCCCGCUGUCGAUGAAGCUAGCCCGGCAGGUGCUCGCUACGGUCAGCGAACUUGGGCACUACGAGCACCUGCUCUGCCACGCCAUCUCUAUCGGCGCCUACAACCAUACCAGUUGUAUGAUGCUCCUACAGGAGAACCCAACGAUGUUCCAAUCCUUCAGGAAUCGUCUCCGUGGGGUCAUCUUUGACAGCCUGACCCUGGGGUCCACGAAGCGCAUGAUUUCCGGCGUCAGGCACGGUCUGUCCCAGAACCCCCUGGUGCAGUCCCUCAUCCCUCGCCUCCUGUCUGUCUAUCUGUGUGUAACCUACAAAUAUACUCUCAAUUUUUUUGAGAAAGGAGUGCAGCUUUUUCAGGACUUUCCCUUACAGGUGCCGACUUUGUUCGUGUAUAGCCGAGACGAUCCAAUGUGUGAUGCUGACCUGGUGGAUGCCAUUAUCAAAAAUUGGCGGGAAAAUUUGAAAAUGACAGUGUCGUUUAUAUGUUGGACGAAAUCUAAGCACGCGAUGCAUUUAAAAACCAAUACAGAAGACUAUAAAAAGGCUUUUAGUGAUUUUAUGGACUGUGUAGCUCGACACUGGGAGGAUACCAUUUGUAAAUCGAAGCUGUAAUGUACUAUUUUCAGGGAAAUAAAAACCAUUGCAUACCGGUUUUUAUUUUUAUUGGUAUUGUCUGGUACUUUUAGAUGUUCUUUAGUCGUGAAUCUUAAUAUAUACAUCGUACGUCACAUACUGAUAGAAACACACUGUAUUACUUGUAAAUCAAAACUAUAGUGUAUUUCAUAAUAGAUUGUAAAUUAAACUAUAAUACAGUAUUACUAUGGUCAGUCUCUUGAAGAUUGUAAUGAAUAAUUUGUAUCAAAUUUUGUAAAUGUAUGUUAUAACAAUAUAACUUUGAAUACAAUUUAUUCGGACGAACAAUUUAUUAUUCGAUUUUCU